CGCCGAGCAUCUAUCUCAUGAGGCCGACAGCAUGGCUCGCGCAAAGCAGAGCCUUUGCGACCAUGGUACUCUCUCCUACUUCGACCCAAGUACUCGCCCGGUUGCGAGCAUACACUCCACCACCUACACAGUACUAUAACUGUCCUUUGACAAGGCGCGCUGCCGUUCUGAUCGUCCUGUUUCCCGACCGCCAUGGCGACCUCAAGGUCGUGCUCACCAUGCGAAGUGCCUCGCUGAGGAACUAUGCUGGCCAAGCUGCACUACCCGGAGGAAAGGCAGAUUCUCUCACAGAAACACCAUGGGAUACCGCGCGUAGAGAAGCAUACGAGGAGAUUGGGCUACCAAUGGAUGACGAGAAGCUGAAGGGCUUCAAAGUCGAGCACCUCUGCGAGCUACCAGCAAACCUGGCGAAGACGGAACUCGGCGUACGUCCCUGCGUAGCAUACCUGUCGCCGAGCUCGAGCUCUUCAGACAGCAGGACAACAUCUUCCGGCGCUACCGACAGCGAAGUCGAAGACCGCCUAAUACCCCGUCUUGACCCCAAAGAAGUCGCCGCCGUCUUCACCGCACCCUUCCACGCCUUCCUACGCAAAGACUGGUCCGGCCUGGGACCAGCGCCCGUCCAGAAAAACGGCAAGCCCGAAAAAUGGUACAGAGGCAGUUGGACAGACUGGCACGAGAGUCGAUGGCGCAUGCACAACUUCUACAUCCCCAAGCCCCCUCCUUCCUCCCAGGAAAUGCAGAGAAACGCCGCAAACUCACAGGCCCCGACUACAUCUUCAGAGCACGGAAGUGGACUGCCUGAGGGCGAUGAUCCCAGGCCAGAACCGAGUGAGUUGGAUGAUUUGACGACGUUCAGGGUGUUUGGUAUGACGGCAAGGAUUUUGGUUGAUGCGGCGAGGGUUGCGUAUGGUGAGGAGCCGGAGUUCGAGCAUAAUAGCCAUUUUGGAGAUGAGGAGAUGAUUGGGAGACUGUUGAAGAUGGGCAGGUUGAGCGAGGUGAGGAAGAAGGGGGAGGUUUUGACGAAGGAUGUGCUGAGGCAGGCUAGUAAGAUGUGAGAACGUUCUGAAAGAGCGGUACAGCACGCAAACAUUCGAGAAUUCUGUAAUUCAGUGUUGGUUGG